ACACACACACACACACACACGCCCGCAUUACAGCAACAUAGCGAGAGGAAAGGGACGCAGGCAGACACACGGGUUCCGAGCCUCAGCUGCGCUUCACGGCUUAUUUUCAUACAUUGAUUAUGAAUAAAUCGGAAGGAUCGGACUGAAUCUGUCGCUCGGGUUUGUCAAGGGUUAAAGCGAAACCUUUUUUUUUUUUUUUUUUUUCGUGGCGCACGGAUUUAUCGCCCCAUUUAUCAGCCGGAUACAUUUCAAGUGAUCAUUACGGGAGAUAUUUGAGCUAUUAUUGUUUAGCUUGUGUUUGAAGAGAGAGAGGCCGUUAAAGAUGGGCUGUUUGGGCAACAGCAAGACAGAAGACCAGCGCAUCGACGAGAAGGCGCAGCGAGAGGCGAAUAAAAAGAUCGAGAAACAGUUACAGAAAGAGAGACAGGCGUAUAAAGCCACACAUCGCCUGCUCUUAUUAGGCGCUGGAGAAUCCGGGAAGAGCACUAUAGUCAAACAGAUGCGAAUCCUGCACGUCAACGGCUUUAACGCAGAAGAAAAGAAGCAGAAAAUCUUGGAUAUCCGGAAAAAUGUGAAGGACGCCAUUGUGACGAUAGUAUCUGCUAUGAGCACUUUAACACCACCUGUGUCACUUGCCAACCCAGAAAACCUGCCCAGAGCAGAGUACAUCAAGAGUAUAGCUCCGCUCUCAGACUUUGACUAUACAGAGGAGUUUUUUGAACAUUCGAAGCAUCUGUGGGAUGAUGAGGGGGUGAAGGCAUGUUUCGAGCGCUCAAACGAGUAUCAGCUCAUUGACUGCGCACAAUAUUUCCUGGACAGAAUAGAGUCUGUAGGACAGAGUGACUACACACCAACAGACCAGGAUUUGCUGAGGUGUCGUGUUUUGACUUCAGGGAUUUUUGAAACUCGAUUUCAAGUAGACAAAGUCAACUUUCAUAUGUUUGAUGUAGGUGGUCAGAGAGAUGAGAGAAGGAAAUGGAUUCAGUGCUUUAAUGAUGUGACAGCCAUCAUCUUCGUGGCAGCCAGUAGCAGUUAUAACAUGGUCAUCAGGGAAGACAACAGCACUAACCGCCUGCGCGAGUCUCUCGACCUUUUCCGCAGCAUCUGGACGAACAGGUUUUUAAGGACCAUCUCAGUCAUUCUGUUCCUCAACAAACAGGACAUGCUGGCUGAGAAGAUCCUGGCAGGAAAAUCCAAACUAGAAGAUUAUUUCCCAGAGUAUGCUCGCUAUACGCUGCCUCCUGAAGCAACCCCUGACCCAGGAGAAGAUGCCAAAGUGUCCAGAGCUAAAUUUUUCAUCCGAGAUGAAUUCUUGAAAAUCAGCACGGCGAGCGGCACAGACAAACACUACUGCUAUCCUCACUUCACCUGCGCCGUGGACACAGAAAACAUCCGCCGUGUGUUCAAUGACUGUCGUGACAUUAUUCAAAGAAUGCACCUGCGGCAGUAUGAACUCUUGUGAUUGUCUGCCCGAAUUGCUCGCUCCUCCAAUCAACACUUUCCAGUCCCAGUCAAAUGGGCUCUUUGAGAACUACUGACUAGUGACUCUGCUGUCAUGUUCCUCCUUUUCUGCUUCUCACUUGUUUGCUAUUUUUAUUUAUAGUCUAUAUAUAUAUAUAUAUAUAUAUAUAUAUAUAUAUAUACAUACAUACAUACUGUAUAUCUGAAGUGAGAGUGGGUUUUAUGAUACGCGUGUAUGUUGUGUUUGUGUGUGUGUGUGUGUGUAUGUGUGUGUGUAUGAGAUGAAAUUUGAAUCAAUCCCAGGUCAUUCCUCUUUAUAUUUUGAUGUUUUUCAGCAUCGGCUGGUUUUAGUCGAGGUUAGACGUUGAUCUGUGGUAACCUGUGACUUGUGUCAGGAUAGCCUGACCUUUGACCUUUUCCCUACAUCUAAUGAAGGGUUAUAUGGGAGUUCUUGACAUGGGGAUGAAGGGGUACAUGAAGGGUAAAAAGAAGUACUUUGCCUCUGUUUCAUAAACGAAGGCCAGGAGGCAAAAUUCACAAUGUAGCACCUGUAUAUUUAUUACUUGCCACUUUUUUGUUGUUGUCUUUUUAAUUGCCUUUUAUUUGCUUGUUUUUUAUUUUCUGCAAAGUGUGCAGAAAGGACUUCAGGGCUAGAUUAGAGUUUGUAACCAACAUCAGAGCACAGGGCGAAGUGUAGGGGCAGGGGCUUAUGGGAUUUGUUGUACUCUGCACUACCAACAGGCCAACCGAUGCGUCAUUUAGCACAGGCGGCACCCUUUUGGGGGCGGUAGUUCUAAAUAUAGAUAUAAAUAAAACAAAACAAAUCAAACAAAAAAACUAUAUAUUUUUAGGGGUUUUGUUUUAUUGAAGAUUAUGCAAGGUCCCUUGAUCUUGUACAGGACUGCGAAAUGUUAUUUUGUACAACUUCAACAAGAAAGACAAAACUUUGACUUGUAGAAGCUCUUUGUGCCUUUGAUUACAGCUGUACCUGUAAACGGGGAAAACGUGCAUGUGAUUGGCCAGCGCUGUACAGCUUGAUGUCAAAUCGUACAUGCGGCAUGGCGUGCUGGCGAGAAAUUUCUCUGUAGACUUGAGUUUUUUUUCCUGCUUUAUAAAGCUACUAAAUAUAUAAGUCUUUUACUAUAAAAUGAAGAAAUAUUUGGCAAAAAAUCUUGUAUACAAUAUGCAAAAUUAACCACUUUUGUUCAGAAACUGCAAAUACAGUACGUCUUUCAUUUCUUUCUUAGAAUUUCUGAUAUUGUUGGCAGACAGCUUUAAAAAUGUUAGAAAGGUUUUCAAAUGUCCAAAACCCAACUGUUGUUUCGGGUAGGACGCAUUUUUAAAUGCGGUGUAUAUGCAGACUGUACACAGGGCUGUGCCGGUAAAAGCGUGUAGAUAUGUGUGACCGCAUUCGUGUGCAUACACGUGCACGUAUACCACACGUCGUACAUCUGCGUUUUUUUAUACGUGUACAUAUACAUUUAUAAAAAGAUGGAAAAUAUAUUCUAUUAAUAUAUAUGUACAAUUAUUCAUAAUGAUAUGUGUGCCUAUAUGUAUACAUAUUUAUAAAUGUUUAGCGAGGUUGUAUGCAUUGCUAUGCAUAUACAAAUGCAUACUUUAGAAGGAAUGAGGAAGCAAGACUAGUGAUUCCUUACUGGCCAUCCUAAGAGCGCACUGACUCCCAGGUGUUGUGAAUGUGAGCACUGAUAGUGUAUACUCACAGCUGUAGUGUCUCCAUACUGUCUCUUUCAUUCACCUUUGAGGCUGUUACCAGUUGUUAAAGGACGAUUACAGAUUACAGAAUGUUUACGCAGCUCUUUUGUUCAUACAACGUUCAUAGUGAUCACUGUGAAGUGUUGUGGUUAAAAAAAAUCCGUCAUAAAAGCACUAUAUUCCACACCUGUCACUUCUUGGAAAUUGGCAACAAAUUUAAGUUGUAGCCACUGGGGAUUAAAUGUAAUGAAUUAUUUGGGGUUUAGAGUGUGCAGACAAAAUGAUUUGACAAAUUUGUAUGUUUGCUAGCGUUCAGCGGCAGAUGCCUUAUAUUUGGGAGUGAAUGCAUGUCACACAGUUCUGGAAGUAAUAGUAGCCAAUUAUUUGGAUGACAGACAUUGUGUCCAGCGUUUCAGAAUAACUAGAGCCACAUUUGAGAUGCUAUGUGAUGAUAUUGAUGAUAUUCUCCUUAAGUGAAUUAUGUACACUUGGAUUGUUAAGGCAAAGAAACAUUUUUUUUUUUUUAUCUAUAUUCCUAUAUAUAGUACAUUCUAUAGGAAUAUAUUUAGUAAAUGUUUCCAUCAUAAUUUAUGUGCAUGUCUUAUCGAAUAAAAAAUGUAUCCAUCUUAAGUGUGCGUACAAGUUUUAUUUUUUGUAUGCAUUUUUUGGAGAUAUUAUUCACAUCUUGAUGUUUCCAUCCAGCAUUUUUGGUGUGAUAUCCUGAAAUUUGCAAAAAAAUAUGUUGACCCAGUUAUUGACACCACAAUGGCAUUGGUUCUUGUGUGUGUAGUAACUAUACGCAAUGGUCCAGACACGAGACUCAGAGGGAGAGAACGAUUUCCACUGAAUAACAACUUAAAUAUCUGUCUGUUCCUCACUCAAAACUAUUGUAUACAUUGGAAUAUAGUGCACAAGUCUUAUGUACUGCUUUUAUGAUACUCUGUGAUGGUGCUUUUUUAUACUUUCUGGAGCUUGACAGAUAUUUCACUAUGAGCUGUUGUUUUAUGAAAAGAGCUGUGUGAAGAUUCCUUAAAAAAUAUUCUUUUGUGACUGCCUGGAUUAUGCAAAUUGAUCACACACUUAAAUCCAUGGACAGAGGUCAUACAAGGUUCCCACACCUUCUGACCAAUGAAUUUCCAUGACUUUUCCAGUCUCUUUUAAUUCAUGGAUAAAUUAAUAACUAAAAAUUAUUUUAUAGAGAUGGCACUCACAAACAGCAGCAGACAUAUAUAUAUAAAACCUUUUUUUUAUUUAUUUAUUUAUUUUUAUUCCCUGAUAUUUCCAGGUUUCCAUGACCAUGGGGACCCUGGUUAUUGCUAGACCCCAUAAAUUGUUCAUUUGGAUCCUUGACCAUAAUUCAGCAGUUCAACAGCAAUUUUAGCUGUGUGAUCCCUCUACAGGUGCUGUGAUUGGAUGGUAUGUUACGUGACUUCAGACUGUGAUUGGCGGUAAAAGUAGAUAGACUUUAAUCUCUUUACUCUCCUCUGCAGCUUUUACACGUUCAAACUUAUUUCAGAAACUAAAAAUACAGUGAGUGACAAUGAAGAAAAAUAAAUAAUAAAAAAAAAAAAAAUGUUUUGUGUCUGACCUUCAAGGAUUUUAAGAUUUCUUUUUAAUUUCUUAUUGCUUAUUUUAAUAAAGACGCACAUUAGAAGUCCUUUGACUUUGUUUUGAAUGGCAAUGUGGGAAGAAAUGUAAUUUUACAAAUAAAAUACCUUUUAAAAAACAAAAA